ACAGGCCUCUGCCGCCGCCGCCCCACGUGAGUCCAGGCCUGGAGGCCAGCAGAGUUCCGACAGCUGGUACCCAAGGUGAUGCAUUGACAAUGAGCGGGUGUUUCCCAGUUUCUGGCCUCCGGUGCCUGUCCAGGGUGUGUCGUGGCUUGGUGCGGGAGGCUUCCACCUCCCCAAGCCCCACUGCUUCUGCUGCCCGCUUGCUUCGGACUCCGGCAGAAGCCCCACCCGCUGACACUGUCCUCCCGGGGAAUUGGUCUUGGAUGUGCCAACGCUCCCGGCCGUGGCCCGCUAACCAGCCUCUCCUGGGCCGGCUCCCGCCGCGCCCCCUCUCGCUUGCCCCCUCCUCCUCCUCCUGCUGCUCCCCUCCCCGCUCCCAGGACGGUGGGAUGGCCGCGCCCGGCGCGCCACGCUUCCUCCUGACCUUCGACUUCGACGAGACCAUCGUGGACGAGAACAGCGACGACUCGAUCGUGCGCGCCGCGCCGGGCCAGCGGCUGCCCGAGAGCCUGCGCGCCACCUACCGCGAGGGCUUCUACAACGAGUACAUGCAGCGCGUCUUCAAGUACCUGGGUGAGCAGGGCGUGCGGCCGCGGGACCUGCGCGCCGUCUACGAGGCCAUCCCCCUGUCACCGGGCAUGGGCGACCUGCUGCAGUUCGUGGCCAAGCAGGGCUCGUGCUUCGAGGUCAUCCUCAUCUCGGACGCCAACACCUUUGGCGUGGAGAGCGCGCUGCGCGCCGCGGGCCACCACGGCCUGUUCCGCCGCAUCUUCAGCAACCCGUCGGGGCCCGACGCGCGGGGCCUGCUGGCGCUGCGGCCGUUCCACACGCACAGCUGCGCGCGCUGCCCGGCCAACAUGUGCAAGCACAAGGUGCUCAGCGACUACCUGCGCGAGCGCGCGCACGACGGCGUGCACUUCGAGCGCCUCUUCUACGUGGGCGACGGCGCCAACGACUUCUGCCCCACGGGGCUGCUGGCGGGCGGCGACGUGGCCUUCCCGCGCCGCGGCUACCCCAUGCACCGCCUCAUCCAGGAGGCGCAGAAGGCCGAGCCCGGCUCGUUCCGCGCCGGCGUGGUGCCCUGGGACACGGCCACUGACGUGCGCGUCCACCUGCAGCAGGUGCUGAAGACGUGUUGA